GUGUGUCACUGAAUCGAGCAUUGCGUCCUUACCUUGUGAGGGAUAGACUGCCGCAGGCACUGAAUGCUAGCGCGCGGGUUAGGUGGGUUCUUUGGGCAUGGGAGGAGUGGGUUUCACGACGUUUUCCCUGCAACUACUUGUACUCUUUUGCUCUGCCGAUGGAAGGAUUGAAUCAGGUACCUUGGACCUCAUCAGGAACAAUACGAUCAAACAAGACCCUAAAUUUAAGCAGCCAAUAGGUCGAAUUUUCCUCUAUUGGAGAGCGCGAACGAUAAUGGAGAAUCAAACUACUCCGUACUUCCUAACAGCUAGGGACAUAACAAUGGAGAAAGAAGAUAGUAUCAUUGGCGCCUCCACCCAUCGAGCAGAGGAGAAAACGAAACGGGCACGACAUGAGUAUGACAGGCGCAAGCCAUCCUUUUUCGACUUCGUCGUGCAUGUCAGGUCAGGUACAUGGACGCAAAGGGAAAUCGAAGGUAAUUAUGUCAAGACUUGCCACCAUCAAAACGGUUUUCCACAUCGUACGACUAUCUUUGCCCUUCCAGAUCUCCCUCCCACCCCCCUUCCUUUCUUUUCUCUCCCUCUCUGUCGAGAUCGCCGUCGAAUCCAGAGCAUCGGUCUUUUUUGUGUGCAAACGGGGGGCCGGCGGGGAGGAAGGGGAUGCAGCCGUCCCGUCUAGCUCGUGGCGUUCAUCAUUUCCGUGAGUAAUGCAGGCAGCUUGUGCGAUCGUAACAAGCAAUUGCCU